AUGUAUCGAAACGGCUGGGCCAAGCCCGCCUCGCCCACCGACAUGCCCACCUUCGGCCGGCCCGGCACUGCCGCGCCCACGAUGGGCCGACCGUGGGGUCCGCCGGCCUACGCCCAGCAGGACAGCAGAGAGCCCAUGGGCGGGCCAGCAUUCCCUCCCGCCGCCGGGCCUUACUAUGCGCCGAUGGCAUCAGCACGGCCGCUGCCAUUCGCCGGUGGUGGUGCCUACGGGUCGAUGCCCGCCGCGUCGCGCAUGUACGACCCCACCAACCCCACCAUCGUCGAUUCCGGAGCGGCGCCGCACUCCCUCGGCUUCGGCGCGCCGGCGUCCUCCGUCGGUCCGUCGCCGGUCGUCCCGGCCAACUACGGCCAGCAGCCGUCCGCGGGGCGCGACAGCCGCAGCCCCAUCGGCAGCGGCGGCGGCUAUGCCCGCUCCUCGCCGCACGAGCGCGAGCGGUUCAGAGAGCACGAGCGAGACCCGCGGCUACGGGCGCGAGGCAGCGCCGAGCGGUGGGACAGAGACCGAGACCGAGACAGGGACCGAGACAGAGACAGAUCACGCGAAAGAGAAAGAGACAGAGAUAGGGAGCGAGGCAGGGACACAGACAGGGACAGGGAAAGAGAAAUGGAGAGGGAGCGGGAGAGGGAGAGGGAGCGGGACAGAGGUCAGGCGCACACGGCGAAGGACGCGAGAGACAGGCCGCGAGAGAGGGACAGGGAUCGAGAAAGGGAUCGCGACAGGGAAAGAGAGAAGGAAAGGAAUCGCGAACGAGAACACGACAAGGAGCGCGAGAGGGAAAGAGCGAAAGCGAAGGAGCCGCAGCAGCAGCCGCCCGCUGGCUCUUCUUCGAGGGCAUCCACGGAGAGCAGCAAGCAGGCCGCCGAUGCCAAGCCGGUGGUGGUGCUCGACAUAAACGCCGCGGCAGCGGCCUCCUCUAAGCCGGUGGCGGUGAUCGACCUCAACCCCGCCGCGGUGGCCUCCCCCAAGCCCGGCGGCAAGGACGAGGGUCGAUCGAGCGAGGCUGGCGACAAGCGCAAGCAUCCCGAGAGCCCUGGAGACAGUGCCAGGGCCAGUGCGUCGGCGGCGACGGCGGUGGUGGGCGAAGGUGCGGCGACGCCGACCAAGGCCGGGACCGCGCCGCGCCUUAGGCGGCUCCAGCAGCGGCGACGCGACGCGGAAGCCGAGGCGGCCUCCAAGGAGGAGGCGGCCGCGCGCAAACGCAAGAGCGAGAUCGACAAGCAGGGCCUGGGCAGCAUGAAGUUCAAGAAGAUCAAACGAGGCGACGAGCCGCACGACAUCGGCGGCGAGGCCCAGCCAGCACUCAAGGACUCGCGUGAGAGGAGGGACUCGCUGGACACCGUGCUCAGCGCGCUCGCGGAGGAGAACGGCGGCGUGGUGGCCGCAGCAGCGACCGAAGCUUCGGCCGCGGAAAAGAAGGCGAGCAGCGUCGAGGGCCAAGAAGAGAGCAAGCCUGCGCCUGCGGGCACCACCACGCCGACAAAGAAGAAAAAGAAGCGAAAAGCGGCGGUCGAAGCAGAGGACCUGGAGGAGUUUAGGUUCGCAGAGAGCGACGAGAAGGAGGAAGAGAAGGAGGAGAAAGAGAAGGAACAACAGAAGGUUGAGGAGAAGGAGCAAGAAGAACAGGAGGAAGCGUCGACAGAGCAACCGAAGAAAAAGAAGAAAAAGGCAAAGGCCACGAAGAGUGGCAAACAGAAGGCGAAGAAGACGAAGAAAGAAAAGAAGGAAAAGAAGGAAGUGAAGAAGGAGAAGGAGAAGGUGGCCGACAGCGAGGACGAACCCGAAGACGCGAAGAAGGAGGAGGAAGAGGAAGAGGAGGAGAAAGAGGAGGAGGUCAAGGGUGCAGCGAGGGGCAAGAAGAAGCAGGGCGGCAGGAAUUCGCCCAAGCCGCGCGGCAAGAAGGGCAAGAAGGCCGCCGAAGCCGCCACCGCGAAGCCGGAGGAGGACGCCCUACCCAAGAACUACCUGGGCCUCACCUUGGCCCAAGUCUUGGGACAGGAGGAAAAGCUCUUCAAGCUUAUCGAUGACCUGUUCCCCUUCUGGGUCUUCUUCACUCUAGGCGGAGCUUCGACGGAAUGCAGCACCCGCUUUUGUCUGUAUCCGGAAUGCGGGAGGGAGAUCAGCGCGCAGAACCUUUUGCGGCACAUGUACCGACAUCAGCGCCUGAACGAUUUCGGCCCGCUGAACCCUGCCAACAGCAACGACGCGAAGAGGGAGGCCGUGCCGGCAAGCCCGAGGGCUUCGAGGACCGCCGCGCGAGGCCGAGGGCGGGGCGGCCGAGGCGGCGGCGGUCGCGUCUCGUCGAGUCCUGCGCUGGGCGGCGAGGCGAAGAAGCCGGCUGGCCAAAGGCCUCGCGGGCGACCACGAAAGCAGCCGGUCAAGGACAACGCAUACGGCAGCUCCGACGAGGAGCUCGCCGCGAAGAACGACGACGAAGCCGAGGAGGAGGAGGAGGAAGAACGCGACGAUGAAGAAGAGGACGAGGAGGAAGAGGCUGAAAGCAGCGCGCUGGAGGAGAACGACCAGGAGGAGGAGAAGCACGAAAGCGAAGGCGAGGGCAUGGACGAGACGAUGAAAAUGAAGAAACUGCGAAAGCGAAAGCGGCAGGUCGAUACGCCGAAGGCGACCGAGCUCGAGCGACGACGUCCGCUCUUCACUGCUCCCGCCACCACGACGGCGACGCGGCCACCACGAACAGAGCCCCGAGGUCUGGUCGAGGUGGAGGUCGACCAGGUCGCCGAGUUCCUCUUUCUUUCAGAGCCGCGGGGCGGCGGCGCGUCGGCGUCGCCCGAUGGUGAUCUAAUGGACGACGACGAGGACCACGCUUCGUCGGGUCGCAUCGUCAGCACCAUCGGCGACAUCGCCUUCCUUGAGGAGACCAUCGACGAAAAGCAGCGACGCGAGGUGCGCGAGAAGAGAUCAUCACGCGCCGCAGUCGCCGCUGUCGACUCCUCUUUCGAUGAAGGUGCACCGUCGGCCAUCGCCGAGCUGCUGGGCGAUGCCGACCUACUGGGCCGCGUCGGCGAGGCCCUCGCCGAGGGGCUCCGGCGGCGCAGCAGCAAUGGCGACCACCACCACGCAGGCAGCGCCACAGAGUUUGUUGACACGAUUGUGCGGGAGAGCGAGCGGCUCGAUCGCCAGGUGCGCGCGCUCAAGGCCCAGCAGCGCGUCUUCGGUGAUCUGCUGUGCGCCAUGCUCGGCCGAGACCGACGGCCGAGCCGCGAGACGGCCAAGGCGCGCGAGGCCGAGGCCCGACGGCAGGAGCUGCGCGGUGCGCGGGCUGAGGCCGAGGCCGUGCGACAGCGGCAGCGGGCCGACCAGGCCGCGCUCGAGCUGGCCAGCGAGCGCCUGAAGGCCCGGCAGCACGAAGAGCUGCUGGCCCAGGCGCACCGCGAGAUGGAGUCCCUGCGGCACGAACUGGUUCAGCGUCAGCGCGAAGCCGACGCGCCGCAACCGGUCGCGAUGACGCUGACGAGUCCCGCAGAAGCAGCGACGCAGGCGCAGGCGCAGACGCAGCAGGAAGACCACCAAGACCACAGCGAGAAACAGGCGGAGCGCCAUGACGAUGAAGAUGGUGACGAUGACAACCACGACCAGCACGGCGGCGACGAUGUCAGCCAGCAGCACUUCUCGCCGAUCAGCGAGGACUUGGUCGACCCUGCCCCACCAUCCAGCGUGGACUUCAUCGAGUUCAUCUGA